AUGAUUCCCCGGACCAUGCACGCAGCGUCCCACCGCACCGGCUCUGGGUUGACGGUGGUGGUGGCGUACGUCUCGGUGUGGUUCUUUACGCUGUUUGGCGCGGGGGUCCUCGCGAUACCCGAUAUGUCGGAAAACGCCAUUCGCAACGGAAAAACUUUUUUGUUCCAAGGAAAGUACACCAACUAUACCUGGCCCAACAGGGAUCUCGCUUCCAACAUUGAUGGGCAGCUUAUUCUCGGAGCGUUGCAUAUGGUUCAUUCGAGGAGUAAGGAUAAAAUCUGUGGCAGGAUUAUGCCCCAGGGAGGGAUUCAAGCCUUGGAGACCAUGCUGUAUACGUUGGAUUAUAUAAACAGCAACAAAACUAAUUUUAUCCCCGGAGUUAAGAUCGGAGUGUUGGCGAAAGAUGACUGCGAUAGAGAUAUAUACGGGUUGGAACAGGCGGUGGAUUUUAUUAGAGGUUCCAUAGCCAAUAUAGGAGGAUCUGCGUACAAAUGUAAAGACGGGUCUAAUCCCGAGAACGACAUGAAGAUCAUUUCCGGUGUUAUUGCAGCGCCAUCUAGCGUCACAUCUAUCCAAGUGGCCAACCUGCUCAAGCUGUUCAAGAUUCCACAGAUCAGUUUCUUCUCGACGAGCUCUGUUCUGAGUAACCGCGAGAGAUUCCCCUAUUUUCUCAGAACCAUCCCGUCUGACGUGAACCAGGCACAGGCCAUCGUCGAGCUCGUCAAGAUGUUGAAGUGGACGUACGUGUCGCUCGUGUACGAGGAGUCCAGCUAUGGGAUUCAGGGUUUUAACGAACUCUCCAAGCUGCUCAACGAGAACGGGAUCUGCAAGGCCGCCACGGAGACGCUGCUCAAGGAUUCGGGCGUGGCGCCACAGGAGGCGUACGACCAGAUCGUCAAGAACCUGCUGAAGACGAACGCUAGAGGUGUAAUAAUAUUUGGCUCCGACCAAGAAGUAGGGCAAUUAAUGAAGGCCGUGAACAGACAGGGGGAGACAGGGACGUUCGCCUGGAUCGGCAGCGACGGGUGGGGUGGCAGGGGCCUCGCCUUCAGGGGGAUGGAGCAAGAGGUGGAGGGCGCUGUGACGGUUCAACCACUGGCCAACGAGGUUCAGGGUUUCAAGGAAUACUUCCUAAACCUGAGACCGUCUACGAACAUCAGGAACCCGUGGUUCAUAGAGUACUGGGAGGAGCUGUUUAGCUGCAAGUACCCGGGCAGCCCCUGGACGCCGUACAACGAGAAUUACGACCGCACGUGUAGCGGGGACGAGACGGUAACGGAGGACAACUUUGAGCUGGAGGGACAGCUGCAGUUCGUUAGCGACGCGGUCCUGGCGUACGCACACGCGUUCAAGAGAAUCCAUCAUCAGUUGUGUGGAAAAGAUCAUUAUGGUCUGUGCACCGCCAUGGAGAACCCGAACGGGGACCGUCUCAAGCAUCAACUGCUCAGGGUGCAUUUCAAAGGGCUUUCCGGUCAAGACUUCCGUUUCCUGUCAAAUGGCGACGGCCCUUCUCGGUACCGAAUUUUAAACUUCCGGAGAAACAAAUUCGGUGACUACGAGUGGGAAUCAGUAGGAUUUUUUAGAGAUGGAAACUUGACAAUAGUAAGUUACAAAACAAGGUACAUCUUCUCCUCAAGUUGGAUGGUGGAUAUGUUCCGCCAGGAAGAACCGGAACACCCAUCAUCUAUGUGCAACAAACCGUGCAAGUUCUACGAACGAAGAAAACCGUUCCUAGGCAACCCUUGCUGCUGGACUUGCGAGGCGUGCAACGCGUACGAAUACCUUCCGACGAAGAACGCAUGCGUGGAGUGCCCGAUGGGAACGCUUCCGGCCUUUACCAAGACCCACUGCAUCGAGAUCCCGAAACGCUAUCUGAACUACGCAAACGGAAUCGCGAUCGGGGCCAUGGCGUUCGCCUCCCUGGGCGUCUGCGCGUCCAGUCUCGUCAUGUUCGUGUUCGUCGUGUACAAGGAUACUCCGGUCGUGAAGGCCUCGGGUCGGGAACUCAGUUUCGUUCUCCUCGCGGGAAUAAUGCUGUGUUACGGAGUCACUUUCGCUCUCGUGUCCAGACCCUCGCUCGUGCUGUGCGGGAUGCUGAAGAUGGGCAUGGGCUUGUGCUUCUCUAUAUGCUACUCCGCCAUUCUAACGAAAACCAACAGGAUCUCAAGGAUAUUUAGGGCCGGGAAACGCACGGUCAAGCGACCGAAGUUCAUAAGCCCGGAGUCUCAGCUAAUCAUAUGCGGUGCUCUAGUAGGUAUCCAAUUGCUCAUUGGGCUCGUGUGGCUUCUCAUACGUCCGCCGGAGGCGAUGUCCUACUAUGCGAACAGGGACGAUCACCAGCUGGUGUGCAGGGCGGCCCUGGGCAGCUCGUACAUGAUCGGCUUCAGCUACCCCAUCCUGCUGGUGGUGGUGUGCACCGUGUACGCCGUGUUGACUCGCAAGAUUCCCGAAGCGUUUAACGAGUCCAAGUACAUCGGCUUCACCAUGUACACGACCUGCAUCAUCUGGCUGGCAUUCGUCGUCAUCUACUUCACGACGGCCAGCAACAUCGAGAUGAGGCAGGCCACCAUGUGCUUCUCCAUCAGCCUCAGUGCCACCGUGGUCCUUAUCUGUAUGUUCGCGCCGAAACUGUACAUCAUCAUACUGCACCCCGAGCGGAACGUGCGCCAGAGCAUGGUCGCCAAAUCGGCUCUGUCGAACAAGCUCAACAACGCGUCAUCAGCGCUCAGAGUUGAUUCUGGUACGCAAUCUGACGGUAUGUUUGAUGACCUUGACCUAUCAUCGGCCACGGCACUGUGA